AUGUUGCUUGAUGUCUCGAACCAAAAAGAUCUACGUGUCUGCCUAUUCAUAUCUGUGCCCGUUAUUUAUGGAUGUCCGGUUUCGGUACAUAAACUCGAAAUAGAAAUCCCAGUCAGCUUAUUAGGUGCGCGUUCAAGUGUCAGUUCUUGCGGAGUCGACGCAUUAUAUAUAGAAGGUCCGGGAAUAUUGUCGAGUGGUGAAUAUAUAACUUUAUUCCACAUUUCAAGGGACUUACGAAGUCACGCAAUGACACAAGGACGAGUUUCAGCCAGGAAAGUGCAGCAGCAUUUCCCUGCUGUGCAAAUCCAUCUAAACCUAUCACGGGGCACAGCCAUGGUUGUGCAAGAGUGA